AUGAAUGGCUUGCAAGAUCCUACGAAGAAGACCUCCAUCACUUCAUUACUGAACCCACAGAAUGCCUCUGCAUUACACUCAUCCCCUCUCAACAACUCCAAUUCCCCUUCCAUAAACCAUGGUCCGACCCAAACACCGUCCGCCUUCUACGAUUCACCUUACACGACAUCGCCCGUAUACAAUCUUCGUGCGGCGAACUGGGACCCUACUUCAGAGUCUUCACAGCAAAAAUCUGUGAGCUCCGGUGUUCAGUAUCACCACGAAUACCCUCAGCAAUCCCAUUCGGCAAUGGCAGCCGUCGCUCAUCCACAAUCUAACGGCUAUUCGUACCCACUCAACCCUCCAACGACGGCGAGAACACGAGUGGGCCAUUCUAAUGGGUAUCCUGCUGAACAACCCGACUGGCAGCCGCGACCUCAAUCGCACCAACCUUCUGGUUCACAUGUGUCAUAUGGACAGGCUCAGAGAGAUGAACGACCAACGCUCACUGCCGAGUAUCCCAUGUCAAAUCAAGAGUCAUUCACUCCAAACAACGUUCCGUCUGAGAUUCCGGCACCUAAUCCUGUGUGGCAAUCAACAGAAAGGGCAUCUGUCCGUAUCGCGGCCAAGGGGACGUUACAGGAACCUUCUCAAGUCGCCAACAACCACGGAUACAACCAGUCGGGUUCUGGCUACGACCAACAGAAUCUGUACACCCAUCCCACCGAAUAUAAUUCCCAUUUGCAGCCGCCCACUUCUAUUCCCUCUUCGGCUUCACCUCAAAUUUCAACGGUUGAACCGUCCGGGUCAUCUUCAUCGUCUUCGAAGAGACGGCUUCCUGAUAGCGAGGCCACACCAGCGCCCAAGGCUAAACGGGCGAAGCCAAAGGUUAAAUCGACCGGUUCUGAGUCCUCCACACCUGGUCCAUCGAAGCGUGGAUAUAACGCUAAAAAGCGCAGCGAAGCCGCUAUCAUUUCUGCUCAAAAUGCAGAUGCGUUCCAGAAAGCUCAACAAGGAGGUAGUGACAUACGCCAGUCCCAAGGGGAUCUUCCCGGAACGCUAACCACGGCUGAUGGUUCACAAUAUAUCCCGGAACUCCAGUUUGCGCGUUGCAUGUCCAACCGAUACAAAAAGGAAGACUUUCCUAGAUGUGUAUCAUGUACGCGGAGGUGGGCCGGCGAUACGUGUCGUUUUCAAGGCAUUCGAUAUUUUUUGCGUGAUUCUCAGAGAAAGCUGUGCGGUGUAAGCUUCAACGAAGUAGGCCACUCAGCUACUCCGAUGGAAUUCCCUUCCAAGUGGAAUAAACCCCUUAAGAUUGAACAGAUUACACGUAUCAAGUUAUCAAUAGCGAAGGCACUUUUCCCCAUAUUAGUGGCGGAGCAAGAUCACUUGUCUGUGAGUGUUAUUGUGCGCCGCCCACGCGAAUCUGAUGUUCGCGCUACAUGUGACACUUGUAUGACUUCAUUGUUCUCAGAAACGUUCAUGUGCCGCAUAUGUGGUCGAGAAGUUUGCAACGAGUGUUACCAACAAGUCCGCGAACUUACUGAACAACCUACUCAAGCAACACCUUCGGAGCUGACUGCGCUCGUGAUGAAGAGGGAGAAGCAUGCUCACUCAAAUCCUUUCUUUUUGGCUUGCACAAAGAGGAUAGAACAUGGAGUUAGCGAAUUUAUCCGGGUCACUCGCUUCAGUAACGAUGAGCUACAAAAAUCCAUCAAUGAGAUGCAAAAAAUCUUGACGCAGGACAAAGAAAAGACCCAGGCUAGCCCAGUACCUGCAGGACGUCCUGGCACAUCUGGGCUCGCUAUUUCUAAUAUGGCCGAUUCAGUGCAACCAACCGAACGCCAUUCAUCAACACACCCUGUCCCCAUACACCCUACGGCGGCAUCAGUCUCUUCGUCGCCGGAUCAUUCUUUCACACAACCCUCGAAUGUAUCUCCAACCGUACCUUCACAGAUUACAACUUAUGCUGAACGCGACUAUUCCGCAAAGGAUUUCCCAGAUCCUUUGACUUCUCCCAUUUACGAUGACUAUACGCCUCCAAAUGUUUCUUCCCGUAUUUCCGAUAUACCUAUAUUCCGCGCUCAGAUAAUUCCCGCGCAUCUGUACGAUAACCUACCCGAUAUCAGGCAUUCACAAGUAGACGGGCCUAUCCCUAUGUUUUCUUGUUUGUGGCGCAAAGGCUUGCCGCUCCUUGUCAAAAAUGCUCUUCCCAGGUUCAAAUUACCAUGGACGCCUCAAUCUUUUAUAGAGCGAUACGGUGAUAAGGAUUGUCUUGUUGUGGAGUGUCAGAGCGACAUUGUCAAAAAGGUCACUAUCAAAGACUUUUUUGGAUGGUUUGGAAAGUAUGGAGGCCGGACAGAAUGUUGGAAACUUAAGGACUGGCCACCCACGGCUGAAUUCAAAGCAGCCUUUCCUGACCUUUACGAAGACUUUAGCAACGCUGUGCCCGUCCCCGACUAUGUGAGACGAGACGGCCCGAAGAUGUACAACUCAAUGGCUUCAUCUCAAGAACCUGGUAGUAAAGGUUCCACUCGACUGCAUAUGGACAUGGCCGAUGCUUUGAACAUCAUGUUGCAUGCAGAAGCAUGUGAAGAUGGAACCGAAGGCUAUGCAGUAUGGGACUUGUACAGGGCCGAAGACAGCGAUUUGAUACGGGGGUUCUUGAAGAAGAGGUUCGGCCAACCCUCAGCGAAUGGAGCGAUCGGACAAAGUGGUGCUAAUUCGAAGAGUGCGGGAGACAAGAGUGUUGCUUCCGUUAUGAUUGGGCUUGACCCAAUUCACAACCAACAAUUUUAUCUCGACGUUGAGCUACGCAAGGCGCUCUUUGACGAGUGUGGAGUGAAGAGCAUCAGGAUUUACCAAAGGCCCGGCGACGGAGUUUUUAUUCCGGCCGGUUGUGCACACCAGGUCGCCAACAUGUCUGACUGCAUGAAGAUCGCUAUCGAUUUUGUCAGCCCCGAGAACAUAGACCGGUGUGAGAAAUUGACGAAGGAGUUCAGGGAGCAAAAUCAAAGUAAGGUCUGGAAGGAAGAUGUGCUCCAGCUUCGGACCAUGAUGUGGUUCGCAUGGCAGUCCUGCUGCAUCAAGGAAGAGGAAAUUCACAAUGCGGAACCGAAGGACCGACCCACUGAUACCACCAGUUCAAAUCCUACACAUGGCGGAUGA